AAAUUUUAUUAUGUUUUCGAGGUCACUUUAGUUUAAUAAAUGAUAGAAUCACCAUAUAGAAAAGCAAAUAUCAUAUCUAAACUCUUUCUGACUUGGUUAAAUCCACUGUUUAAGGCUGCUAAACGUGGCCCUUUGAAUUCUAAAGAAAUAUACAUCAGACCAGCUUCGGAAGCAGCUUCACAUGUCACAGAAGAUUUAGAAAAAGAAUGGAUUAAGGAAUUGUCAAAACGGAAGCCAAGCAUUUGGUUCGCAGCUAUCCGGUGUUUUUGGUUCCACAUUUUCCUUGCAGGUGCUCUUUUGUUCGUAGACAUAACAGCAUGUACGUUACGCCCGAUACUUUUGCAGCAGCUACUUUUGGAUAUCGAGAGUAUGAAAGUCAACAAUGUGGUGUACAAAGCCUUUGUUUCUGGUUUAAAUCUAGCUCUGUGUAUUACUUUUGGAGCCAUUUCAUACCAAGCUUCCUUUUGGAUAACCAACAGAAUUGGAAUGCGUCUACGCGUUGCAAUUGCUGGCCUGAUAUUCAAAAAGAUGCUUGCUUUCACUCAAAAGUCUCUAGCUGAAACAACAAGUGGAGAUAUUAUCACUCUGCUAACUGCUGAUAUACAAAGAUUCGAUAUGGCUUUUGAACUUUUGAAUUACGUUUGGCUUGCACCAAUCCAGUUUAUUGUUAUAUUUUGGCUAAUGAGUCGGAUUGCAUUAAUACCUAGUAUAUGUGCACUCAUUGUUACGAUUCUCAAUAUCCCUUUGGGAUUUAUUGCAAACAAACUGUAUUCCAAGUUGAGACUCUCAGUCGCAAGCGUAACGGCCAGUCGCAUUCGGCUACUGUCUGACAUAAUCAAAGGAAUGAGAACGAUAAAGUUUCAGACAUGGGAAGAUGCUUUUUUCAAACUCGUCGGUGAUUUUCGAAGAAAAGAAACUCAACUGAUUCUGAAAUCUCGUUUUUGUCAACUUCUUCGUUUCACUCAAGUCAUGUGUCAAACAAAAUCGAGUAUGACAGUGUUUAUAUUAGCAUUGGUUUUGCUGAAUACUGAUUCAGAGUACUUAAUAAUUUUGAAAAGUUCAUAUGUCUAUACUGUGCUUAAUUUUCUUGGUUCACUGUUCAUAUCCGUCACAUUACUUCUACCAAUAUGUUUACACAAUAUAUUCGAAGUGAAUGUAGCAUCCAAACGUGUUACUGAUUUUCUGUUCCUACCUGAACUUGGAGCCGAUAUACCACCGGAAGUAAUCGAAUCAGUUGAACCUUUUGUCCAAUUUUCUAAUGUUUGUGCAAAGUGGAAGGAUAGUGCAAAUACUUAUAAUCUACAUCAAAUAAAUUAUGAAGUUUUUGGUCCACAACUCGUUGCUGUUGUUGGUACAGUCGGCAGUGGCAAAGUGAGUUUUACAAUUAGCGUACUUAACAAGUGGGUAAAAUUAUGUUCAGUAUUGGAUGUAUCAAGUUUUGAACGUCUUAUGGGUCCGUGUGUAGAAAUUAUGCAACGUGAAAUGGGACAUUAUCGCAGUCAACUAAUCGAAAGCUUGGGACCUGAUGAAAUACGUAAUAUUCCUUCAUUGGCUAAAUUUGUAGAAUCUCAGAAACAUUAAUUACAGAUGACAUUGCUAUUUGAUACUUUAUUACUAUUAUUAUUAUUACAGUAGUAGUAUCAUCAUCAUCAUCACUACUCUUUACCAUCUUAUACUGCUUCAUUAUGAGCAGGCUGUUGUCUUUUUUGAUUUUUGAGUGAAAUUCAUUCAUUCAGCAUCUUCAAUAAAUUGUUGUUUCAAAUAUCUUUUCUUUGUUUGCUUAACUUUAAUUUGCUCACUUAUAUUCCAAUGUGCGGAUAUCAGACAUAACAAAACUAUAAUUUUAAACAAAGUAGAGCAAUAAUUGUUCUCAUAUUCUUCUUUCUUACAGCGUUACAAUUUUAUAUUGUUCUGAGUGGAUAUUUAUUCUUUUUUUAAAAGAAACUUACGUAGUGAAAAUCAAUGAGGAUAUGCUUCAGUGUCCAUGGUUGCCCGUCGUUGUAUUCUACAUCAUUAUGUGUAUAUAUAUGUAUACCUACUUCAGUACAUGAAGUUGUAUUUCUAACCAUGAUGGGGGUGGUGUCUCACUGAGACAAUUCCUCUCAUAAAUACAUAAAAAUCAUAAGCAAAAUGAAAUUACAGUUAUUGUUUUGUUUAUUCACUUUAUCGAAUAUUUUGCUCUUGUCUUCACUUCACUAAGCAUAUACUACUUUGUUAUGUACUACUUAAAUUCUUUGUGAAAUCUUUUUAAAAUUAAAUUGAUUUCUUUUUUUUAUGGGCCUAUUUAACAGCUGAAACACAAAACAAAGAAGACGAGAUUUACUGGUUAUUACUGUUCUAAGUAUAUUCAGUGCUGUAAUUGUUGUGUUUUUAUUUGUACCUUUAUUAUUGUUAAUAUUGCUUAUUAUUUCUAGUGAAAACUAGUGUAUACUUUUGUGUAUGUUUGCACUUUUAAAUAACAUUUUGAUGUUCAAUUGUUGGUGGAAAAGAAAGAUAAAAAUCUUCCACAAUUAUAAAUUUAUAAAGUUGAAUAAACUUUUCAGUUAUGUAAUUGUAUAAGUUUUUGUUUAUUAUUUUCUUUUUCUUUUUUGUAUGCUUAACUGAAUCAGUAAAGUUUUUUGUUUUUCUUUGAAGAAGGUUUGCCAUCAACUGCUUCAUAUUUCUUUGUACUUCUUUGAGUAGAUGAAUGAAGACAAUUUAAUGUUGAUAAAAUGUUAGACUUUGCAAAUUAAAUAGUUUAUAGCUGAUUGUAUUUUCUGGUUAUAUAUUUGUUUUGAAUAAGUUUAUUUAGUUAUAAAUAAAGUCAGAGACUUAAUACCUGAA